AUGCGUCGGGUUGCUCGCGGCGGGAGCGAGCGCCGCGAACGCAAGCUAUUGAAAUUUUCGUGUCGCUUCGACCAUGUUCGGCAGGGUCAAAAAUGGCGAGACAUGCGCUCAACCCUCAGUCCAGCAUUCACAGGCAGCAAAAUGCGAAACAUGUUCCAACUAGUGUUAAAAUCUGCCCAACAAAUGGCCUUGCAUUUAAAAAAAGAAACAACAAAAAGUUCCGUAACUUUGGAAAUGAAGAGCCUGUUCACGAAAUAUGCAAAUGAUGUGAUUGCCAGUUGUGCUUUUGGUCUGGAAGUGGAUUCUUUGAGGAAUCCUGAAAACGAAUUUUAUAAAUUUGGGAAGAAAGUUACUGGGUUUGGAGGUCUGGAUGCCCUGUUGAGGUUCUUGGGCUUCAAUUUGGCACCAUCUCUUAUGAGGGCUUUAAACAUCAACUUCCUGGACAAACAAACCAUGAAAUUCUUCCGCGGUCUGGUACACGACACAAUGUCUACACGAGAACUACAAAAAAUCUCCAGACCAGACAUGAUCCAUUUGUUGAUGCAAGCACGAAAAGGAACUUUACGAGAUGAAGAUAAUGCCAAAAGCGAUUCGACCACACAAGCCUUGAUUUUCCUCAUAGCUGGUUUUGACACGACGUCAACCUUGUUGAUGUUUUUGGCUUAUGAAUUGGCGUUGAAUCCAGAAGUGCAAGAAUGUUUGCAAGAGGAAAUUGAUAGUAUUUUUAAUGCUGAUGGUGAUGAAGGCUUGACGUACGAAAAGUUGGCAAAGGCUACGUAUAUGGACAUGGUGAUAUCUGAAACUUUAAGGAAAUGGCCACCUGUAGUCUUCCUGGACAGAAUAUGUUUAAAAGACUACGAAAUCGAAGAUAACAUUGGCAGAAAAUACACGGUAAAAAAGGGUGAAGGUGUCCUUUUCCCAGUUUACCACAUUCACAGAGACCAAAAAUAUUUUGCUGAUCCAGAAAGAUUCGAUCCUGAACGUUUCAAUGAUGAAAACAAAAAGAAUAUACAACCUUUCACUUAUAUACCUUUUGGGGUCGGCCCCAGAAAUUGUAUAGGAUCAAGGUUUGCCCUGAUGGAAACCAAAGCAAUGCUCUUCAUCAUCCUGAGUUCAUUCAAUUUUAGAACCUGCCUGAAGACUGAGUACCCAUUGAAGUUGUCGAAGAGAGACUUUGACCUGGUUCCUGCCAAUGGAGUUUGGGUUGAUGUGGAACCAAGGAAAAAAUAAUAGUUGAUGAAUAGCUAAAAUAAUAAUGAUAAUUAAUGGAAAUUGUUGUUA